AUGGCACGCUUUCGGUUACCACUCGCUCUGCUAUUUCUCGCUGUGUUCGCUGCGCACUCCGUUCUCGCACAAUAUGGCGCGUACGACUACGGAUUUGACGCAGCAAAGCUCAUAAAGCGCCAGCUCGCUUCGCAAGAACCGGUGCCGGUAGUAACGGGAGCCGAGGGUGGGGAGACAAUCCGACCUCGACAAGAAAUCCGUCAGCUGGAACAGGACAAAGAGCUAUGGACGCUCUAUAUCCUGGGGCUCAGUCUGAUGCAGUUCACCGAUCAGUCAUCGCCGGUGUCGUGGUACGGGAUUACUGGGAUACACGGCAUACCUCACCAAACCUGGGGCGGUGUGACUCCUACUCCCGGAAAUGAGGAAACAGGAUAUUGUACUCACUCCUCGAUCCUCUUCCCGACAUGGCAUCGUCCUUAUCUUGCCCUCUACGAGGUACUACUUUACAACCUGAUCCAAAACAUUGCCAAAUGGUGGCCCGAGGGCGAACCACGAAACCGAUACCAGGCGGCUGCUCUCCGGUUCCGCAUACCCUACUGGGAUUGGGCCUCCAGCCCGCCUUCAGGACAGAGCGUUCUGCCUCUUAGUGUUGGUGGGAGCCCGUACGUGGAUGUGAAUGGCCCCAAUGGAGUGCAGAGAAUUGCCAACCCCUUGUUCAGUUACUCCUUCAAGCCGCUGAAUGCUACUGCCUUUCUUCAGGAUCCGUGGGAUAUAUGGACAACUACUCUCAGAAGCCCGACUACCAGCGAUAACAAGGCGCAAUCCAACAACUCCCUCGUGGCUGUGAACUUUGACCAAAAUCUCGACUCAAUUGGCCAACGUCUUUACAUUCUUUUCUCCAACUACGGCAACUACAGCACCUUUAGCAACAACGCCUGGAUACCCUACAUCAAUAAUGGCUCCUUCGACUCCCUCGAAGCCAUUCAUGACACUGUACACAACCUAGCCGGCGGCGGCGGACUAGGCCAACCCAACGCUCAAGGCGGCCACAUGGCUUACAUCCCCUACUCCUCCUUUGACCCCAUUUUCUUUCUUCACCACGCCAUGGUCGACCGCAUCUUCGCCAUCUGGCAGUCCCUGUACCCAAGCAGCUACGUCACCCCCAUGCAAGCCUACAUCGCAUCCUACACCACCUCUCGAGGCGAGUUCCAGACCGCCGCCACCCCUUUGACACCAUUCUACUUUAACGCGAACGGCACGUUCUGGACAUCGGACAUGGUCCGCGAUCAUACGAGGUUUGGAUACACCUACCCCGAGCUGGUUGGAGUGUCGGGUAGUGUACCGAACAGCCAGAGCCGAUCACUGUCAAGGAGGGCAAGGGAAAGGGUAAUGGCAGCGAUCAACCGCCUUUACGGUCCAUCGACUCCCUCGAGUCUCUACCGCAAGGAACUACGAGCCGGAAGACUAGGACCAGGGAAAAAGGUCCCCGGCAAUCUACCUGCCGGAAGGGUCUUCAGCGGUAAUGGGCAAUACAGGGAGUGGCUAGCCAAUGUGAGGGUGAAGAAACAAGCCUUGGAUGGGCCGUUCUUCAUUCAUCUGUUUCUCGGGGAAGCACCAAAGGACUCGAAGGAGUGGGCGUCGGCCAAGAAUCAUGUCGGGUCGAUGGGGGUUUUUGCGUCGGAUGAGCGGUAUGGGGAGAGUAAGAUGGAUGGGAUGGAUGAAGUUAUGGUUUCGGGAACUGUGCCGUUGACAAAGGCGCUAGUUGAGAAGGUGAUGGGGACGGGGAGGAGUCUGGACCCCAAGGACGUGGAACCCUUUCUAAGGAGAAACUUGGUGGUGAAUAUCGUCAAGGUGGAUGGGAAGGUGGUUAUGCAUGGGAGUUAUGUGGAGGGUUUGGGGAUUCAUGUGGUCAGUUCUAGGGUGAGGGCGGCAAGAGUUGAGGAGGAGUUACCUGCUUGGGGCCAAGCGGAGAGUGGGUUUGAUGUUGUCUGA